GGAGCGGAGCGGAGGGAGGGGAGCGCUGCUGUUAGCGGCUCGUUUUCGCCGGUUUUUGACGAUUUUUUUAUGCUGUAUUAUGUUUUAUUUUGCGCGAGCGGCGUCAGGGAUGGGUCUACAGCCCCGGGGGGGGUUACAGCCCCGCGUUUUCUCCCGGAGGUGGAUUAUUUUUACCUGGAGCAGGAGGGACCGCUCUGAGGAGAGAAACUUUUUGUGAUAAUCGCCUGAAAAUUAUAGGAAAUUAAUGGACGUUUCUCUCACGGACGAUUAAUUGAUCACCAGCUCUGGCCUCAUUAUGAUUGCCACCGGAGGUCUCCUGCGGAUCUCAGCCAGACGCCAAGACUCCCUCCGUGCCAAAAACCGAGCGGAGAACAAGCGCAAGAGGAAAGCCAAGAAGAAGAGGAAGAAUGAGGUGGUGGUGGUGAAGGGCAAACUGAAGCUUUGCUCUAUCUCUGGCCUGGUUGCUGCAAUUGGCAUUCUUGUGCUGCUUUUUGGGAUUGCCUUGGCUGUGUUGGGCUACUGGCCUAAGGAAAGCCCGCUGUACCCAGAGCUACCGACAGCUAAGGACUUGGAGAAACCAGAGCAGAUGGAGGAUAGCAGAGGACCAGAGUCAGUGAACUGGACCACUAAUGGUAAAUUUGUUCCUCAGCUGGAUAAUGAUUUUAUCAGCUCAAAUCAUUCCAACGGCACAGCUGAGGUUUCACCGAAAUUAGGUGCCUUUGCUGAGUUUUUGAAGAGACUGUUGUAUUCGGACAAACUAAAAGUGUUUGGACCUUUGAUUAUGGGCAUUGGGAUCUUCCUAUUUAUCUGUGCCAAUGCGGUGCUGCAUGAAAACAGGGACAAAAAGACAAAAAUAAUCAAUCUUAGGGACAUUUACUCAACCGUCAUUGAUAUUCAUAGCUUGCGAACCAAGGACAAUGCUUCACUCAAUGGAUUUAUGAACUAUGCACAAUCAAAGGGGAUGGAAGGCAAGGCAGGCUCCAUAUACGGUGCCACAAUGCUAGCAAAGGGCUCCUGGCCAUCUUCAGGCUCUUCCAAACUGGACCAGAGCAGCCUGCCCCCUUCCAGACGUUCAUCCACUGACCAGCCACAAGACUCACCUUUGGAUAGACAUGCCUUGAUAGACACAGUGUACAGCAUCUACAGGGAGCAGGAUAGAGCCACCAAAUCAGAGCAAGAGCCCAAGCAAUGGGCGACCAGAACCAUUGUGCCGUCCUCAGUCAAUGCUUUCACACUACCAAUGGUCAAGCUUAACCACAGGUCUGGAGAAAACAGAAGGGGUUCUGAUAACACUGGGGAGAUAAGAAGUGAAUGUUUGGAUGCGGACACUAUCCGGCGUCACCUGGAGUCUCUCGCGGCAUCCGGGAGCAUUACCAAAGCCAAAGGGGAAACUGUUCAAACUCGGACUGUCCUUUCUCAGGACUCGGUGGAGGUUUACAAAAGCAGUGGCAGCCUGCAGGGGAUGCCGCACAUCUCUCUACAGGGCUCACAGGUGCAGCUGCUUCCUUCUUCACCUGGGCCCAAGGUCACAGGCUCUCACCUCUCCCUCAGCGCCCUCUCGGACUACUCUAGGUCAAUUGACUUGGGAAUUUGCCCAUCCACUCCAAGAGACUGGCCCACGGAGAGAUCCAGACGACUCAGCUGCCCUCGAUUGGAGGGUCUGAGUAGUGUGGGUUAUACCAAACUUGAGGGUCUCGGAGGAGAAUCCUUUGAGUCCACAGAUGUGGUAACGUUUAGUCGGGGGAGUUCUGCUGAUCCUUUGUCCAAAGGACAGAUUUCAGAAACUCUGGUUGAUGAGGAGGAGGGUGUCUCCAGUGAACUUGAUUAGGCAGUGAUAUCAUUUGGCAAUAGAAAAAAAAUGUGAUUUCCCAAUCAAAUCAGUAAGUGUAGAAAUAUAGAAGAAAACUGGACCAGUGAAUUAAUGCAGUGAACUUGUAAUAUGAGUUGAAUAGGCACAUUAUAUACAACUCUGUUCAGUGGUUAUGUUUUUCUUCUUGUCCUAAGUAGAAUUAAUUCUAAUAAUCUACAAUAUACAAAAAUUCAAAUGUAUUACCCUUCCAGGUCAAGUUUAAAGCAACGAAAAACUAUAGAAAAACAACAGUGUUUAGAGUGUGUUAAAAAACAUUCUGGCUUGGCAGGUCCAAAGACUCUGAAAGCACUCUCGUAGAACUGUUGUUUUCUGAAGCAAUGCAUAAAAACGAAAGGUUAGCUAAAAAAGCUCAGUUGUGAAGAAUGAUAGCACAGGUGUGUCUCUACUAGGUUUAAAUUUUAUAUUUACAGUAGAAUAACAGUAUAUUUGUGGGUGUUCCACCUGUGUGUUUUCUCUAGUUAAUUAAUGGGGAUUUGCUGUCUCAGCGGCAUGUAUUUUAUACUGUUGUGCCCUUGCACUUUUUUAAUUAACCAGAUUAAGGAUUUUUUUUUAACGGUUUGACUUGAUACAUAGCAAUAUCUUAUUUGAAAUGUCGAUUGCCUGUGAGAUAAGCAUUAUGUUUGCAUUUUGACCUAUAAAAAAUGUCAUGUUUUUUAUUACAGUUGUAUGUUCCUGGUUUCUUUUAGAUGUCUUGCCUAUUUAGAAGUUGCUGUAAUGGCUUUUACCCAAACAGAAUCCAUCCUGUAGCAAAAUGGCCUGCUCCUUUUAGUAUUGUCAGAAUUCAUCAGCAUCUAUUCAAAACACCCUGACUCUGUUAAGUGUUACUGGCCACCGAGUCUCGUGUGAGUGUGUUUUCUGUAACUGAUUAAAUGUGGGUAGUGCUGAAUCAUGCUAGCUUCAAGUACGCACUUACAUCAGUGUUCCUUGUAUCAAAAAAAAAUGCAAAACCAUGAUGACCAUCAUAUGCUGCAAUCAAUUCUAAAAUAUAAACUACAGUCCUUAAAAUGAUGUGUGUUGCCUUUUUGUUGUGUUGUACUAUUUGAAUGCUCUGAAAAGUGUCUGAAUAUUAUGACAUAUUAUUAUGUGAGGUGAGGAUGAUGUGUUCCAGUGACAGUAAUAGGAUAAAGAUGUCUUGCAUUGUAGAAUAGAAGCUCCUGCAGAUCUGACAAAGCCCUAUUCGAACAGUAUUAGUUAACAUGGUGAGUAAAGUAACCUUAGUACAGGACAUCUGCAAUAUUUGUGUCACAAGACAAGAAAUCUCGGCAUAAAUGACUGAAAUGGGAGUGACUACUUGAUUUUGGCACUGCUAUUACCUUAAAACAAAUAAGAUCCGUGCAAUAUCAUAUGUGCUGAGCUUUAAGUCAUCACAAUCAUUACCACCAACUCUACUGUACACCAUUGGUUGUAAUGCCGUCAAUGCCACUUUCCACAACUUCAGAAUAUAAGGCUACCAUCCAUCUGGUACUCACGAUCAGCCCUCACAUCACAGCUCCUUGCCAUGAACACAGUGGCCAGGAUUCAACCUAACUCAAGUGCUGGAAGUGGUAGUCUAUUGUGUUCUGAAUUUGAAUUAAAGCAGUCUUAUGUAAGCACUGUUAAAAGUAUGUUUUGGAGAGGCUCUGUUCAGUUGCUUCCCCCAUAAUGUAAUGUAAUGUACACACAUUUCAUUUCACAUUUCUCACUGUGCUAUGGCCUGUGUAGGGAUGUAGCAUAAGACAUAAUUUGCAACAGGGCUACUGAAAUGAAACUGCAUUAUGGAAGCGACUUCAGACAUUUUGAAAAUGAGAUAUUUUGCCAUAUCACUCCACAGCUUCUCCAUGUAGAGAGUCGAUGAUAAAAUUCUAGAAUUGUAAUAUUAGCAUCCAAAAUGCGUAGUAAUUUUUUUUUCUUAGUCAUAGCUUUUUAAAUACUUAUCAAUCUUAUCAAUAUUCUCAUCAAAGAGUCCCAAUAAUCAGCAGUAACACAAAAAUACAGCAAGGUAUCACUGUUUCAUUUGUUCAUAAUACAAUUAUGAAAGAGCAGGAAUGACUCAGAUCAGAUGGGGGGUCUGGACGACCAAGAAAAGUUUGGAGAACUGCUAACAGAUUUAUUAAAAAGGCUGGUGGUGCAUUGUAGGUUCUACAUAUAUGUAAAUAAUGUCAUGAGACCUGAAAAAGUGUCAUCAACACACAAUGCAGCAUCAGAUGUUUUCAAAGUAACAUAUACACAAGCCUGAUGCCUUUUGGAUGCAAGACUGAUUAAGUUUAGGAACUUAAUGAAACAAGCAAAUAUGCAGCUGAAAAAAAGUACAAAAAUUGACUGAAUCGAUCAUGAUUCUUGCACGAUUUUUGCUUUUUUUGCUUUUCAGAAAGCAAACAUACAAAAAAAACUAACAGAGAGAAAAGAGAAAAGAGAAUUGAUUCUACAGUGGGAUAAUAAUUUAUACACAUCUCAGAAUCUACAAUAGAACAGACUCUCACGAUCAUCAAAAUCCUAGACAUACCUCAAAUGAGAAAUGAAUUUAAAACGGCCUAAAACUGCAUUUACACUGGCAGGCAACAAGCUGUUUGGAUUACCCCAAGUUGUGGGUGUGUUCUCGGCUGCUCACGCUGUCGCACAAAGGCAUGUAUCCGUGUGGCUUGUUUGUGUGCUAGCUAAUCUAGCAAGCUAACUAGUGAGCUAGCAGCUACUUUCACCCAAACUUCAUUUUUCUCCGAAUUUUCCCAGUAUUUGUG